ACUUCAUUCAUGGAUUGGAUAUAAAAACGAAUAUUUUUGCUUAUCGUUAAUUUUUACAUACACUAGACAUCGUUUCAGAACAAAAAUAACGUAUAGUGCUGUAUCUCUACUCACCAGCAUUUAAAUAUCAUUUCCUUAUCAGACAAAAAUAUAACCUGGUCAAGAUGCCAUUAGUAACUAAAAUUCGCCUAUUUCGUAGUAAUUAUACAAUUUGUUAUAUGUCUGAGGAAUUAUUCGUAUUCCCAGACAAGAAGUAUUAUGAUAAUCUUGGUGUAGAAUCCGGGGAUGCGUGGGAAUUCGACGUAGAACGAUGUGAUGGAGAUCGCAAAACCAAGUCACUAAGAUUGGUUGCAAAUGCAUUAUUUCUGCAGCCAUUUGUGAGAGAAUGUUUGAAUUCUGCGGUGUAUAGGACUAAUGUGGUAAAUCAUUUGAAUGAGCGUUGUGGGAAUCCUGAGAAUGGGACAGCCUUAUUAAAAUUAAUUCUGAAGCCACCUGACUCAGAAGUUAUAGAUUACGCAUGGAAUGAAAGGAUACUAAAACUAGUGUGGAGCAGGGUAGAAAUAGAGAAUGCAUUUUCUUGGCUGUCCACCCUCGGAGGUGCCUACUCAGCUCUUGGAGAUUACUUUGAGGACUGUGCAGAGGAAGCAGGCAGGAUAUCAAUACGGCAAUAUAAACUCUCCCAAAUGCUCGGAGAUGACGCCUUAGCAGCUAGAAGCAAGCUGUAUUCUGCACUCUCAUAUGCUCAGAAAGGCAAACUCAAACUGUCAAGGCAUAUUGUGAGGAACAUCCACGCAUUUGGUAGACUUACUCAUGAUAAGAGGUUGGUGCGUAUGUGCCAAGGCGUUUGGGCGAAAUUGAAGUAUCUAAGGGCGAUUAAAAAUAGUUCUGGUAAAAGUGGAGGUAAUGGUAAAAUUGUGUAAUUGUAUCGCUUAAGAGACCAUCAACGUGUACACUAGC